AUGCAAAUCCUCCCUGAUGUCGCUGUCAAGUAUCCACAGCUCAAAGAUCAUAUCCAGCACAUGAAUACCUAUGAACAAACCCAUGGUCCAUUUUGGGAUGGUGGUAUUCUCUCCAACAUGACGCUCAUUGAUGCGAUGCCAAACAAGGUCGUGUGGGAGUUUAGGAUUGAAAAGCGACAUUGCAAUCAUAUGGGCAAGAUGCAUGGUGGAUGCAUGGUAACGAUACUUGACAUUGCCAGCAGCUUUGCUCUCUUGACAUACACAGGCCGAUCGCAUUGGAAGUCAUUGGGCGUGUCAACUGAUAUCAAUGCUAAUUAUAUGCGUGGCAUGAACGCAGGCCAAACAGCACGAUUUGAAUGCCGUGUACAACGUUGCGGGAGGAAUAUGGCGAAUCUGUAUACCGAAGUAUUGGAUGAAGGGGGACGUGUCUGCUAUGCAGGCUCCCAUACAAAGUUUAGUACCAAUCCCAAGCUUUAG